AUGGAAUUGGCCCUUCGUGGUACAUCUGACGCUGGGCCACUCACACUAGAUGAGCCAAUUCACAAUGAUGGUACUUUUAGAGCUCUUAUGCGAAUGCGAAUGAACGUCGGUGAUAAAAUGAUGACCGAUCGCAUUGAAAAUGGCGCAAUUAAAGCUAUGUAUAUAAGUCCCACCAUACAAAAUAAUUUAAUCACUAUCAUCGGAAAAAUAAUACAAGAUCGUUUAGUAAAUAGAAUUAAUAAGGCAAAAUCAUUUUCAAUUUUAGUAGACGAGACAACUGAUGUAUCGCGAAUCGAACAAAUGUCAUUUUGUGUUCGAUACGUCGAUGAAGAUCCUGAACAUCAAUUAAUUUUACGGGAAGAUUUUUUAAAAUUUGUGUCAGUAGAAAAUACUACUGGCAAAAAUAUAGCCAAUGUUAUUUUCGAAACUAUUAAAUGUCUUGGUAUAGAUUCGAAUUAUAUGGUAGGGCAAGGAUAUGACGGGGCAGCAUCAAUGAGCGGUAACUUUAACGGAGUGCAAGCAAUUAUUCGAAAAGUACAUCCAACAGCACUUUAUGUACACUGCAGUGCUCAUUCUUUAAAUUUAGCCCUCUCUCAUUCGUGUAGCAUUCAACAUAUUCGUAACUGUAUUGGUACCAUUAAAUCGUUUCCUGAAUCUAAAUGGACCAAACUUACAUCAAUGUGUAAGACACGCUGGGUGGAAAAUCACGACGGACUUAUACGAUUUACAGAAAUUUAUAAAGCAAUUGUAAAUACACUAGAUGACUUACAGUUAAAAUGUGAUAUUGAAACGUCAUCAAAAGCUUUACAAUUAGGAAAAACUAUUAUAACCAGCGACUUUGUUAUAAAAUAUUACCGCAUAACAAUAGCUAUUCCUUUUUUCGACGAUUUCAUUGAACAACUUCAAGCGAGGUUUAAUAAUCACAAAAAACAAAUUUCUUCACUGCACAAGUUGUUACCAAAAAUAUGCAACAAAAUUGAAAUAGAUGCAAACGACUUCGAAAUAUAUUCUGAAUUUCUGGAUAUAGAAGUACUGCUAACAGAAAUUCAACUUUGGAAAAGAAAAUGGUCUAACAAACCAGAAAAAGAGCAACCAAACUCAGCUAUUGAAGCAUAUAUUAAAUGUAAUUAUGAAUAUUUUCCAAACAUAUCUUUUUCUUUUGAAGCUAUUAGGCUACAUUGCCAGUUUCGACUUCUACGCUAG